AUGAGAAAGUUUAAGUAUAAGAACACUUUAUUAAGAGAGGCUUCACCAAGCGCUCCCCUACUGAACCAACAGCUGGAAAGAUACAGUAUCGGUAUCAAAGUACCCUGGUCGAAACCCGAGACUAUGUACCCGGAAAUUCCUGCCGUUUGUUACGAGGUUUGCCGUCUUAGAUCACGUGGAAGUGCUCUAGGCUCUCGAGGUGGUUUAUAA